CGCACCUCACUUUCCGGCGAACCCCCUUAUUCCGGCGACCCCCUUCUCUUUUCCGGCGAACCGCUAUUAAUAAAAGGUCCCAGAUCUGGUCCCCCCAUUAUCUUCUCUUUGAUCCCACCAUCCCUCACUUUCCGGCGAACCCCCUUAUUCCAGCGAUCUCUUUCCCUUUUUCGGCGAACCGCCAUUAAUAAAAGAUUGUUAAUUAAAAUGGAGUGUGUUGUGCAUUCCGAUCUUGUUGAACCUACACUACUUAGACUACAGAGUCAUCAACGAUCGGAGUGGUUGUGGAAAGAAGAAAUACCAUACGAUUUGUGCAUCAGGCCUAUCAAGAUCGAGACGGCUUGGUCUCUAUUUACCUGGCCCCCGCUGCAUCAGCUUGUUGAAGAAUACUUAUCCAGUGCGGGAUUAUAUGAUGUCGUAAGAGUUGGUAGAAUGCAGUAUGAUCGACAUCUUUUUAUGGCCAUGGUUGAGAGAUGGAGGCCGAAAAGUCAUUGCUUUCACCUGCCUUUCGGUGAGGCAACGAUCACACUUCAGGAUGUACAAGUCUUGUUUGGUUUGCAUAUUGAUGGUCACCUAAUUUAUCUAACGGAUGUUUUCGGUAAAGGUCGGUGGUGGCGUGAUAUGCUAGAGGCCCUCACGGGAUAUAUUGGGCCCAUUAGUGGUAGAGUUUUGUGAGUUCGACGAAUCUAACCGAUUUCAUUAAAGAUGAGUUAGAAAUGGAACCCAUUGGAGACGAUAAUCACUAUCACUCUAUGAGCUUGAAUGAUAAUUUGGUUGAUCAACAUUGUCGAUAUUCUCAUGAACAUUGGGUUGAUCUUGUGUAAU